CAUAAGAGACGAGUUGAGGAACAACUGAGCCCCAUAACAGAUCGAAGGCUACUCUUUUUACUUUCCCCAGGGCGUCAAACUUGGACCAAAGCUUGGGAUAUCUAUUCAUGACUUUAAACUGAGUACUUUUUUGUUUGUUUAAGGCCAUGGUUAGACAACGUUGACCAGAGCACUCAGGUUUACACAGUGUGGGCUUCAGCUGUCAUGUACAAGCCAGCAGUCUGAUGCCCUCUCUGUCCAUUCUGCCUGCCAUGGACGGGCACAGCUAUUCACAUCAGGAUGGAUCUCAACUGAACAUUGGAGGGUUCAUACUGCCUCCUGCUAUGAGCCAUGUGUUCGCCAACAACCCUUGGAGCUUUCCGCAUCAGGCAUACAUCUCUCCUGUGCAAUCUGAAAACAAUCAGCAUCUUUUCAAUGGCACGUCAGAGAUGCUCACAGAUGCGUUUCACAACGGCUUCGACUUUGACUUCUCUAGUCUGGGUCUCCCUCAGAAUGGAGACCUCCCUCAGGAUCUCUCUUGUCUAGAUGAUCUAUCCAUUUUCUCCCCUCCAAACGACUCCUUGUCCGAAUAUGCAGAUCAUAGCUUCCUCAAUACUGACAACAUGGCACCUAAUGUGCCCACAAUAUGGGACAUCAACACACCACCAUUAGAGUCAAAUUCUAACAGGUUUCAAGGUUUAAACUCUUUGGAUGACAUCACUGCUAUCAUAAAUACACCACCAAUAGGAGGUUAUCAGAGACACCAAACACAGCCCGAAGAGGAAGAGGAAGUAGAGGUGGAGGAGACAGAAGAGCUGGGUCACGUUGACACCUACGCAGACUAUAGGCCCUCUAAGUCCAAGAUAGGAAUAUCCCACCCAGACAGAGUUGUUGAGACCAACACUUUAUCCAGCGUACCUCCUCCAGAUAUCACCUACAACUUGUCCAUACCAGAAUCUACCAUAAACACCGGCCUCCUCUCUGCCCUGCAGCUGGAGGCCAUUAUCUAUGCCUGCCAGCAACAUGAAGUCAUCCUGCAGAACAACCAGAGGGCCGGCUUCCUCAUCGGGGAUGGUGCUGGAGUGGGCAAAGGCCGCACAGUGGCUGGCAUCAUUCUAGAAAACUACCUAAAGGGAAGGAAGAAAGCACUGUGGUUCAGUGUCUCCAAUGACCUGAAAUAUGACGCAGAGAGAGAUCUCCAAGACAUCGGGGCACCCAAUAUACAAGUGCAUGCCUUGAAUAAGAUAAAGUAUGGAGACACAGCUACCUCAGAAGGGGUGCUUUUUGCGACAUACUCAGCACUGAUUGGGGAGAGUCAGGCAGGUGGCCAGCACCGAACACGCUUGAAGCAGAUCCUAGACUGGUGUGAACCAUGUUUUGAUGGAGUUAUUAUAUUCGACGAAUGCCACAAAGCCAAAAAUGCUACAUCCACAAAGAUGGGCAAGGCUGUGCUGGAUCUGCAGAACAAGUUGCCGCUGGCAAGAGUGGUGUACGCCAGUGCCACAGGCGCCUCUGAACCAAAGAACAUGAUCUACAUGAGUCGUCUGGGGAUCUGGGGAGAGGGAACCCCUUUCAGAACAUUUGACGAUUUCCUCCAUGCUAUCGAGAAAAGGGGUGUGGGAGCCAUGGAGAUUGUGGCAAUGGAUAUGAAGGUCAGCGGGAUGUACAUUGCACGUCAGCUCAGUUUCUCAGGGGUUUCUUUCUGCAUAGAGGAGAUCAGCUUGGAUGAUGAUUUUAAACUUGUCUACAACAAAGCUGCCAAACUUUGGGCGGAAGCCUUGGCUGUAUUCAUGCAGGCAGCUGAUGAGCUGUGCAUGAGCUCCAGAAAGUCCCUGUGGGGUCAGUUUUGGUCAUCCCACCAGCGCUUCUUUAAAUACCUCUGCAUAGCUGCCAAGGUACGCUGUCUAGUGGAACUGGCUAAAAAGGAGUUGGAAAAAGGAAAGUGUGUUGUAAUAGGACUACAGUCAACAGGUGAAGCUCGAACUAGAGAAGUACUUGAUGAAAAUGACGGACACCUGGACAGAUUUGUGUCUGCUGCAGAGGGUGUGUUUCAAUCUCUGGUCCUUAAACACUUCCCAUCAGAGAAGCAGAGGACAGAAAAAGGAGCAGGAAACAAGAGGAAACGUAAGCCACGGGGAAGGCAGGCCAAGCAACCCAGACACGGCACUGACACGGCAGGAGUGAUUAUCAACAAUAGCGAUGACAGCAGCACCGAGUCUGACGCCAUGGACAGUGACUCCAACUCUUCGCCUGACUCUGUCCAGGACAACAGUGAUGAUGUCAUCUUCGUCAAUCACACUAGCUAUCAAAUGGCACGGUUAGAGGACAUGAAACAAGGGCUUCUCAACAAGAUCUCUGAACUGGGAAAAGAACUACCUCUCAACACACUGGAUGAGCUAAUAGAUAAAUUUGGAGGUCCAGAAAAAGUAUCUGAGAUGACGGGACGUAAAGGCCGAGUAGUGCGUCGCCUAGAUGGCCGUGUCGAAUACGAGUCCCGUGCUGAGCAGGGCCACACCAUCGACCAAAUCAAUAUCAAAGAGAAGGAUCGCUUCAUGAAUGGAGACAAGUUGGUUGCCAUCAUAUCAGAAGCAGCCAGUUCAGGGAUCUCACUUCAGGCCGACAGAAGGGUGAAGAAUCAGCGGCGAAGGGUUCAUAUGACCCUGGAACUGCCUUGGAGUGCCGACAGGGCUAUCCAGCAGUUUGGCCGCACUCAUCGCUCCAACCAGGUCACAGCACCAGAGUACAUCUUCCUUAUUUCCGAACUGGCAGGAGAGCGGCGAUUUGCAUCCAUCGUGGCAAAGAGGCUUGAGAGUCUGGGAGCACUGACUCAUGGUGACAGGAGAGCAACAGAGUCCAGAGACCUGAGCAAAUAUAACUUUGAAAAUAAAUAUGGUACCAAGGCUCUAGAUAAGAUAACCAAAGCCAUCCUUGGUCAGAUUGAAAGCAAGGUACCCCCUCCAAAGGACUAUCCUGGCGGGGAAGCCAUGUUCUUUAGAGACAUAAAGCACGGUAUGAUGGACGUAGGCAUGCUCUGCAGUCAGUCACGCUUGGGUAUCAACACAGAGAAAGACUGCAACAUCACCAAGUUCCUCAAUCGGAUACUGGGCCUGGAGGUGCACAAACAGAACUCCCUUUUCCAGUACUUCACAGAUAACUUUGACUACUUGAUUGAAAAGGACAAAAAAGAGGGCAAAUAUGACAUGGGAAUACUGGAUUUGGCUCCAGGUAAUGAUCAGAUCUAUGAGGAGACACAGGAGAAGUUUCUUACUGCUGGAAACCCACAAGAUGGCCAAGUUAUCCUUUAUAAGAUAAGUGUAGAUCGAGGUAUGCCAUGGUCGGAGGCUUUCCAGAAGCUCCAAACUCUCAGCAACCCUGAUGAAGGCUUCUACUUGUCCUAUAAAUUAAGAGGUAACCAUCCAUGCGUGUUGCUAGCCGUGCAGGGCAGUGAACGCAACAUGAUCAUCUACAAACCAAACAUCGGCAAGCAGGCCCAAACGGAAAGCCUUGAUAACCUCCAGCAAAAAUACCGCAAGGUCUCUCCAGAGGAGGCGAAGGAAAGCUGGGAGAGUCAGUUCACUUUUUCAUUAAAGAAAUGUAGCCAUGCUAACUGGAAUGGGAGAUGUAAAAAGGUGGAGGAGGGUAAGGAGUGCUUGAUGGGCACUCGGUUGCGUCAGUACCACAUGCUUUGCGGUGCUCUGCUUCGAGUCUGGAAACGGGUCUCUGAUGUAGUCGCUGAUAUCACCAGCACCAGCAUUCUACAAAUUGUACGACUCAAGACCAAAGACAGCAACAAGCAAGUUGGUAUAAAAAUCCCAGAGACCUGUGUUUCAAAGGUGCAUCAGGAGCUCUUGAAAAUGGACACAGAGGUAAAGCAGCGUCGACGGGAAAAGGAGCAGCAGGCGCUGGAGCAGCGACAUGCCGAGGAGCAACAGAGGCUAAUGGAGCAGCGGCAACAGGAGUUCUUGUCCAAGUUAUUCACCACAUCUAUGCCAGCUCUUAGUCUGGCUAGCCUCUCCACCACAUACACGGGACCCAUCUCCUUCCCUUCUUUCCCUUCUAUGAAAAAACCUUUGGAGGAAAUCCUGGACCUGACGGUUCACAAUUCCUCGCCCUCCUCACCAGUUAGCACUCAAGCUGGCCUGAGUAUAAACAAUCUCUCUGGGUCGUCUGGAUCUGCAGUGGAUGAUUUAAACCUUGAAGCUUUUAUUCAACAAGAGCAGCUGCAGCAACAACCACAACAAGAGAGUGAGUCCACACAGGAAAGCAAUGCACUGCCAGCGAAUGACCUGUUAGAAUUCUUGAUCUCAUUAAAUUCAAUAACAACAGCCCCAAGCCAGACUAUCCCAGCCUUUACCUCUUCAGACACACCUUCAUCGGCAGCCAUGGUCUCAUCAGGUGUCUUCUCUUCCACUCCAGCUUCCUCCUCUUCCAUGUCUUCCUUCCAGUUCUCUCCCUCACAAGCAUCGUCAUCCUUAUCUUCUUCAUUACCCCUUUUCUCUCUUCCUCCAACGGACCAGCACAUUCUUCCAUUGCCCAACAGUCAUUGCAGCUCUGAGGCCAUUAUAAACGUACGGGAGGUGUUGAACAACAUGCUGCAGAGCGGACCAGAACAACGCCAGUCCGUCAUUCAGUAUCCACUACCUGAGUGAGACCCUUUCUAGUCAGAUGCUCCUUUAAACGAACACACUCAGGGAUGUAGUCUCACCACUGCUGGUGAUCUGCGCGUUCACCACUGACCUCGGUUUCACAAGCAUGAGGUUCUGUUUGUGCGAAAGAGGAAGAUGGUUCUGACCAGUUUUUGAGAACAACAAUGCUGAGAAGCCAUUUGUUUUAAUAUGGUGUCCAAAUGUCUGCUCAAAUGAAAAAUUACAUGAGCAUGUUUUCUGCCAACAUCCAUAUUGAGGAUGAUCCCAACACAGUUUGUCUUUAAAAAAAUGCUCAAAACUGCUUUAUACAGUUCUCCAGCACAUCUUGGAUAUUCACUGAGGUGGUCAUUCCGGUUGUAACAAUCAAUAGAUAAUUCUGUAGUUGCCUGAAUUUUAUACACUGGGGAAAUAAAUACUAUUGAUGUACCAAAUAUAGGUAAGGGGGGCCGUUCAGACCAAACGUGUACUCACACUAAAAAAAGCUGGACACAGAGCAGCGAAUACAACCUAACGCAGGUGCCACGAGAUGCUCUUUUAAAAGUUGAAGUGAUUUUUAAUCUGACUUGGCUUUGAAAAUAUGUGGCACUCUGCAAAAGAUGCUGUAAAAACUGCUAAACAUGGUGCAAUGGUAGAAGAUGUACAUCUAGUGCAAAUUUACAUUGAAAAACUAUGGAAAAAACAGCACAGAUGGAUGUUCGGUGUGAACUGCCCCCAACUGCCCUUGCUUUAAGUGAGUUUAAAGUUAUUUCAGGUUUGUUGAAGUUAUCCUAUAACAUAGUACAGUGUAUUUUGCUUAUGUUCUGCCCACCGGUGAAGUCAUUCAAGCCUCAAAUCUGUUGAACGUUGUAGCGUUGAACAAUCAUCUGCUUAACAUUUCCACGAUAAAUCUUUGGUAGACAAAACACUUUUCCAAAGGAGCAAGAGAACAGGCUGCUGUUGAAAUGUGCCUUUGGAACAUACAAUUGAAUGUAGAUGUUUAAACACAUAAUCCUGUGCAGUUUAUGUGCAGAUAUUUGUAUUUAUUGCCUUAAUUUAUCUCUAUAUUGUUCUAACAUAGAACAGUCGGUCCUGCUGUCCCCCAUCUCACAAUGUAGUAACAGUGGUAACAGUCUAUUAGUAAAUUGAUUGGUUUAUUGAUCCGGAAAGGUCUUUAGUCACAUCUGGUUCUGCUAUCUUAAGACAUGUACUUUGUGCUCUGGUAAUGUAUCGACAAUUUCCAUAAAUCCCAGUUAGGAAACAUAAAGUGGCUGUAUCCAAUGUGACAUCAACAAUGCAAUGUAAAAUGCAUUGUGGGUAAAUCCAAAAAAAGAGCAACUAAGCUUUUAUCCUGUUGAAAUUGAGCACUUUUACACCCUAGUUGUAUUAGUGACUCUUGUCCAGAUUGUUCAAAUGUGACCAUGUUCCUUUAUUUAAUAGGUUGAAAAAGCCUAUAAUGUGUAUAUGAAUUACUUGAUUAUUUUAUUUAAUUUUAAAGGGACAACCAGUGUUUUAUAUUUUUGUUUCAAUUUUAUGUUUUAGCGUUACUACGAUAUUUGUAAUUGUGCAAAUAAAAAAUACAAAAAAUCUUAUUAGUAAACAGAAGAACAAGCGAUUUAAAACCAAUUUAAAUUUUACUAGCUAAUAUCGCUCUGUUCUUUACAGCUCUGCUCGGUGGUUGAACUCUUUCUUUUGUAGCUUUGAUUUUUGUUUAUUGUCAUUCAUUAUGCAAAUGAAAUAUACAUAUUAUAUUUUGCGGCAAUACCCAGAUAUUAAUAUUUAACUGAAACACAAAUACUUAUCCAACAGAGUUUACUGUCCCCAUUGUGUGAAACCAGUCCCUAUCUCAGGAAGAAAUCUAUUAGUUAAAGAUGUCAUUUUUUGUACGAAUUCAGAUAAUAUUGUUUACUGUAUGCGUUAAGACACGUUUCAUCUUAUAUGUGAAAUACAGCCUCAAGACAGAUCAAAUAUUAUUUAUUUAUCCAUUAUCGCUUAUUCUCUGAACAAAUUUCUUGCUUUAUUCUUUGUUAAGGUAAUUUUUUCAGCCACAUCGCCAAAUAAUGCUGACAGACAAUGACUUGUGCAAUUUCUUGUAGUUUCUCUCUUGCUUAUAGUUAUAACCCACAAUGUUUAGUUCCCAUUAGAUACAAUGAAAUUCAAGCAUUUUACCAAUUCACUGUCAUUAGUUUGUUGAAUUAAUUCCUACAGUGAAUAUGUAAGCACAUCUAAUAAUUCACAUUUUAACUUUAGAAGUUAAGUGAUAGUUUAAAGUAAAUUUUGGUAGGUCUGAUCCUAUUGAUGAACCCAUUAAUGGUUUUCUCAGUGCCUCCCCAAAAAUAGCCAAUGAAAAAGAUGAACACAGGACUAAAGCUUUUGUUAUGCACUCUAAUAAAGUGUCUUAUACAAUGACGAAAGCACUAUAUAAUGAGGCCAUGGAAGUGGGACAAAGUCAAAUAUACCCUCUGUACUUUUGACUUAUUCUUUGUAUGAUUUGCACUAAAACAUACUAAACGAGUUUCUGUCUGUUGAGUGAUACAGUGCUGCCAUGUUUGUUUCCUCUUGGCCCUUCAUGGGAAUGUUUUCAAUACUGUAACCAUCUCAAUAGAUUGCCUUCACUUUUAUAUCAACACAGCAUUUACGUAAUGUAUUGCUUCGUAAAUAAGAUUGCUACUAGAAAACAUGCUACUGAAUGUAUGUAUCUUGAAACUUUUUUUUCCUGUGUUUUUCUGUCUGGUGCUUUUAUUAUAGGUUUUGCUUUUUGCCAUUUUCAAUAUUUAUAAUUUAGAUCCAUUUGUAUAUAUUGUAAAAACAAAUUGUGCCUUUCAACUGUUUCUUAAAGAAAUUGUUUUCUACUUGUAUCUUAAUAAAAGGAACAUAUCUCAAUC